GCGAGCGGGCGGCAGGCGGACGGGGCAAGCGGACCCGUCUUUUGCCGAGCAACUGCGCCGGAGUCGUGUGGGGCCAGAGCAGCGUCCGCGGCAGGGAGGGAACGCGAGCGGGCAGCGCGUGCCGCGGGUGCUGAGUGGGCAGCCGCAACCGCGGCGCGAGUGAAUGAGUUGCCUCCCGCCCGCCGCUUCUUCCUCCUGCCUUCUCAGACGGAGCCGGCGGCUCGAGGUCGAGCUCGGACGUUAACGCCGCAGCGCCCAAAAUGGACGGUUUCGCCGGCAGUUUGGAUGAUAGCAUUUCUGCAGCAAGUACCUCUGAUGUCCAAGAUCGCCUUUCGGCUCUUGAACUGAGAGUACAGCAGCAAGAAGAUGAAAUCACAGUGUUGAAAGCAGCUCUGGCUGAUGUAGUGAGAAGACUUGCCAUCUCAGAAGAUCAUGUUGCAUCUGUGAGAAAAUCGGCACCUAGUAAAGGUCAGCCUGCUCUCCGUGAAGCUAUCUCUUUGUCCUGCAUCACCAAUGGAAACCCAGGAAACAGAAAAAAUAAUCGUAGUCCAUCUAUCCCUAUUGCUGGGAAAAAAACCCUUUCAUCUGCUGCUAAAAGUGGUACAGAAAAAAAGAAGGAAAAACAUCAAGGACAAACAGAGAAAAAAGAGGACUCUCAUUCUAGUGAUCAAAACCCACAAUCUCAAGCAUCACCUUCUCCCCAACCCUCUGCCCAGAUUCUCCCAAUACACAGGCAGACCCCAGAAGUCAAGAGCUUUGCUCCAGGCAAAAGUUUGAAGAGAUUGUCAACAGUUGAAAAAUCACAAAGCACAUGGGAAAGUUCAGAGGACAGUCGUAAUAAAUUAAUAAGAGCAACUUCUGCAUCAAAACUGAUACCCAAAAGUGGCAAGAAUGCAGAUAAACACAAAGAUGUGAUCGUCAGCCAAGAAGGCGAGUAUAUCAAGAUGUUCAUGCGGGGACGGCCCAUCACAAUGUUUCUUCCUUCAGAUGUUGACAAAUAUUACGAAAUCAAGACAGAGCUGCCCCCUGAGAAAUUAAAACUGGAGUGGGUAUAUGGUUAUCGUGGCAGGGACUGUCGAGCUAAUGUUUACCUAUUACCUACUGGAGAAAUAGUAUAUUUCAUAGCAUCUGUGGUAAUACUGUUUAAUUAUGAAGAGCGGACUCAGCGUCAUUACUUGGGUCAUACGGAUUGUGUUAAAUGCCUUGCAGUUCAUCCAGACAAAAUCAGGAUAGCAACUGGACAGCUAGCUGGAGUGGAUAAAGAUGGAAGACCUUUGCAGCCCCAUGUUAGAGUAUGGGAUUCAGUGAGCCUAAUGACUCUACAGGUUAUUGGCCUUGGGACUUUUGAACGUGGAGUGGGAUGUCUGGAUUUUUCGAAAGCAGAUUCGGGUACACAUUUGUGUGUGAUUGAUGAUUCUAAUGAACACAUGCUGACUGUUUGGGACUGGCAGAAGAAAUCAAAAGUAGCAGAGAUAAAGACUACAAAUGAAGUUGUCCUGGCAGUAGCUUUCCAUCCAACUGAUAAAGAUACAAUAAUAACAUCUGGCAAAUCUCAUAUCUUUUUCUGGACGUGGAAUACAAAUUCAUUAACAAGGAAACAAGGAAUAUUUGGGAAAUAUGACAAACCCAAAUUUGUUCAGUGCUUAGCAUUUUUAGGCAAUGGAGAAGUUCUCACUGGUGAUUCAGGUGGGAUAUUGCUUAUAUGGAGCAAAACUACUGUAGAAGGCACAUUAGGAAAAGGAUCAAAAGGUGUGUAUCAAAUCAGCAAACAAAUCAAAGCUCAUGAUGGCAGUGUGUUCACACUCUGUCAAAUGAGGAAUGGAAUGCUGCUAACUGGAGGUGGGAAGGAUAGAAAAAUCAUUUUGUGGGAUCAUGACUUGAAUGCUGAAAGGGAAAUAGAGGUUCCUGAUCAGUAUGGGACAAUAAGAGCUGUAGCAGAAGGCAAAGCUGAUCAAUUUAUUCUUGGGACAUCAAGGAAUUUCAUUUUGCGUGGAACAUUUAAUGAUGGUUUUCAAGUGGAAGUACAGGGCCACACAGAUGAACUCUGGGGCCUGGGAACACAUCCAUUCAAAGACUUGUUCUUAACUUGUGCUCAAGAUCGUCAAGUUUGUAUGUGGAAUUCAGUGGACCACACUCUUGAAUGGACCAGGCUACUAGAUGAACCAGGACAUUGUGCUGACUUCCAUCCAAGCGGUACAGUGGUAGCGAUAGGAACUCACUCAGGAAGGUGGUUUGUUUUGGAUGCUGAAACAAGAGAUUUGGUUUCAAUCCAUACAGAUGGCAACGAGCAGCUCUCUGUGAUGCGCUACACAGUAGAUGGUACCUUUCUUGCAGUGGGUUCCCAUGACAACUUCAUUUACCUCUACAUUGUAACAGAAAAUGGAAGAAAGUACAGCAGAUAUGGAAAGUGCACUGGACAUUCCAGCUAUAUUACACACCUUGAUUGGUCCCCAGAAAACAAAUACAUAAUGUCCAACUCAGGAGAUUAUGAAAUAUUGUACUGGGACAUUCCAAAUGGCUGUAAACUGAUAAGGAACCGCUCUGAUUGCAAGGACAUAGAUUGGACAACAUACACUUGUGUGCUGGGGUUUCAGGUAUUUGGAGUGUGGCCAGAAGGAUCAGAUGGAACAGAUAUAAAUGCCCUUGUGAGGUCCCAUAAUAGGAAAGUGAUAGCUGUGGCUGAUGACUUUUGUAAAGUCCAUCUAUUUCAAUAUCCCUGCUCCAAAGCAAAGGCUCCAAGUCAUAAAUAUAGUGCCCAUAGUAGUCAUGUAACAAAUGUCAGUUUCUCUCAUAAUGAUAGUCAUUUAAUUUCAACUGGAGGCAAAGAUAUGAGUAUCAUUCAGUGGAGACUUGUUGAGAAAGCAACUUUGCCACAGAAUGAUACUGCUGUAGAAAUGGGCACAAACAAAGUGCCUAUAACUGCCAGAGACAGCUUUACACAGCCAAGCACCCCUGUGUCCCUUAAUCAACCCUUGGAUGAAAUGGCAACCAGUGAAAAUUUAAUGGAUGGCUUUUCACCAUCCUUCGAGAGUGACAUGGAGCAUACUAUGAAGACCAAUGAAGAGCAGAAUGAGGAGCAAAGUGAGGGAAGCAGUCUGGAUCCAGGAGAGCCAAAUUGUGAAGAACCACCUAGUGAAAUGAGUGAGGAACAGAGUGAAUCCACUGUUAUUGAAGAUCACCGGGAAAACUCUCCAGUGUCUUAUCAACUUGAAACUCAAGAUGAUCUUUAAAUAGUUUAUCUCAGUGCAUAUUGUUUUAAAGAAAAAGAAAAAAAGAGGGUUCAAGUAAGGAAGGGAAGCAGCUCUGACAUGGAGCACUCAAGUUUCUGUGGAAGGCUUGUUAGUUUGAUCUACUUUUUUCAACACAUGGGAUUAUUGUAAGGACUCAUUUUGACAGUUCCAGUCAAGUGCUAAAUAGAAAACUAGAAUGUAACCUUUGGUUAAUUAUAAUUCUGAAAUUGCUAUGAGAAAGAGGCAUGAUACAAAUAACUAAGGAAGAGUUUGCUGAGAAAAGCAGGUAGAGAAUAUUGUGGGAAAGAACUUUUAAGACCAUUCAGAAGCAUUAUGUAAUACCUGCUAUGUAAUGUAAUCCUGGUGAAAGCCCUUCGGGAAGCUCUCCUUUCUGUUUUUACAUUAAAAAGAGAAGGAGAGGAGAAUAAGACAACAACAUAAUAGCACAUACAGUGCUGUGCUUACUGCCUUCUUGAUUUUAAUACCUAUGCAAUUUUCUAAAACUAGCAAUUCUUACUAGCCGCUACUUUGGUUGCUGGUUAUCCUAAGACAACUCAUAUUAAAAUAUACUUCUGUUUGUUCCAUGGUAGUAGACCUUAAAAUAACCAAAUUAAGAUAGCAAGUUCUGCUUAGUUUUCUACCCAAUGAUUGCUAUACAGUGUAAUUUCAAGGAACUACUUGCAUCGACAUAUUAAAAUUCAAGAACACCAACUGUGACUAUAAUGCAAACUGACUUAACUUCAUUAAGAUAAAAGUUCUAAUUCUCAAGUUCAAACCUGAACUUCAGAUACAAUUAGUAUUUUCAGUAAGAGAUUAAAUAUUAGAGAAAUAGCGUUAAGUUAUGAAAUCUAAUGCUUGGGAGUAAUGCAAUUAUUGACUCAGUUACAUAUAAAAUUGGGGAUAACCUUAAAAUAAGAAAUUUUCAUAUAGACUUUUUUACAGCCAUUUUUUAAAUAGCUGUAAUAUAAAUAUCCCAUUUUCUUGGAUAAUGUUGGCUAUUUUUGAAUUUUUUCUCUAUUUGUGUGUUUCUUUUUUCUCUUGUCCAAUUUGUAAGCCGUGCAGCUCAGAGAUAGCUGGACCUGGCCAGUUAUGGGAUAUCAUGGCAUUUUAGUAUGUGUUAAAAUUAUCCUUUUUUAAAAAAAAUUAAAAAUGCAUCAGCUACAUUUUUUCUUAAAUACCUAGUUUUUCCUGUUUAAACGUUUGUUGAAAAACACCCUACUUUAUAUUUUAGUUACAUAGGAUUUUUUAAAAUUGUGCUGAUAUUUUAGACCUUAUUUAGAAGUUGUGUUUAGAAACCUUUGUUAAGUCUUAAGUGUGCAAGCGUUUACGUGAAUGUGCCAUUCCAAAGUGCAUCAGAACUGUCAUUCCCUUCUAUUAACUUCUCAGGAGUAAAUACUACAGAUCAGGUAUGUAAUCUACAGCAUUCAUCAGUGGAAACAUUAACAAUUAAUGUGGACUCCCAAAGGACAUAAAGACUGUCACAUACAGAUACAUAUAGGUGCACAUACAUCUUUGUUUACAUCCAUUCUGGAAAACCUCAACAUAAUUAUCUUCAGAAACCACGAUGUGAAUUCCAAGCAACUGCUCUCUUUUGCUUUAUCUAAAAAGCUGUACUGUUAAAUGAUAUGUUGGAGUGCUCCAGUGUAUGAUUGGCCACUUUGCCAAAUAGUCCCUGUGGGCAACACAAAUACAAAUACUGUAUCAAGAUAAUGGAUUCCUUUGGAAAAGAUGCAUUUGCAAGGGAAAAGGCCCAUUUUCAAUGAUUUACAACUUCCGAGUCUGCUUCAGUGAGUUCUAUAACCACCCAUAAUAGAUGGAGGAAAAGAUGGAGAAGGGGGAUUAUAUUUAACAUUCUCCCCUAUUUUUUUGUUCCACUCUAUUCCACAGGGAGAGAUUAACUGAAUUAAAAACAGCUUUUAAAGCUUUUAAAAACAUAAUAAGGUAAAAUAGUUCUAGUAAUUUUAGUUAACAUGAAAUGGAUUGUAGAGCUCUUUAACAUCCUCGGUGAGUAGCAUGAAAACGGAUUUAUCUAUUACCUUGAGGUUGCCAUAUAAAGUGAGAAUUAAUAGUUGUGAUUUUCCUCAUGUUAUAGAUUAACAGAUUUUUUUUAAUGCCAAAAAAAAGGAAAGG